AUGGCUUCAGAUCCAAACACGUCAUCCUCCGGGGUGGAGAGAAUUCCUGAUUUCGAGAUAUCACAGAUCCAGUUCCUAGUGGCGUCCAAUCGCCACCCAGAGCUGUUAGAGAAGCUGUUGAAAUCGAUCGAAGCCAAUGCCAUGGCCCCAUACUAUCUGUAUCUGGCCAAAGAGAUCAAAUUGACCGGCCUGGUGUUUGAUCAAUCAUUGUACGACUCAUUGGCCGCUAUUAACACUUCCAAGGUGGAGGAACUUACCCGCAAGAUUGCUGAAGUUGAUGAAGAAGACGAAGGCGAGCUCGAAAUCGCGCGGGGCUGGACGAAGUUGGGAGAGUAUUACGCUCAGAUUGGAGAUCGUGAGAAUGCAGUCACGACCUUGCGCAAAGCAAUCGAAUUAGCAGCGAGUACGGGCUCUAAGAUCGAUCUGCUACUUACGAUAGCACGUGUUGGGUUCUUCUUUGACGACAAGAAGUUUGUCAAGGAGACCCUGGACCAAUCAAACGCGUUGAUAGAGAAGGGGGGUGAUUGGGAGCGUAGAAACAGAUACAAGGCAUAUCUAGGGAUCUAUUUGAUGUCUACGCGGAUGUUCGAAGAGGCUGCCAAGUUGCUGAUUGACUCACUGGCCACCUUUACGUCCACGGAGGUGACCACCUACGAAAGCAUCGCACAAUACGCUUUAGUCUGUGGCACGAUCUCGCUCGAACGCCAGGAGAUUCGCAAGAAGCUGAUUGAGUCCCCUGAGAUUUUAAGCAUUGCCACCACCACCAACACGUUGGACCCGGUUUUCAAGCUCGUGAAGUCACUGUACUUUUGCGAAUACAACACCUUUUUUGCCAACUUGUUAGAGACAAACGACACAAUCUUGGUCACGGACAAGUACCUUGCUCCACAUGCGUCCUACUACAUGAGAGAGAUCCGUGUUCGCGCUUACGCCCAGCUUCUGGAAUCGUACAAGUCAUUGUCGCUCAAGUCGAUGGCUGAGCAUUUCCAGAUCCCAGCCGACUUUUUGGAUGCUGACCUGUGCAAGUUCAUUCCCAACAAUAAGCUCAACUGUGUGAUUGAUAGAGUCAACGGCAUAGUCGAGACAAACAGACCUGACAACAAGAAUAACCAAUACCAGCUGUUGCUGAAGAAUGGUGAUUCGUUGCUGACGAAAUUGCAAAAGUAUGGUGCUGCUGUGAGAUUAAGUGGAGCUGAGAGGGUUGCCUAA